CCUACCCUUAGCCAAGGUAUCGUCCCAGAUCUUCACUUCCCACCUUCCAGCCUUCCUACUUCCCGCUUCCCUCGGCCUCUCUCUUGGCAUCAUCACCUUCAUCCUUCCUCGACGACUUGAUCAUCGCUCUCUAUCGCCCUGUUAUCGUCGGCAAUGGCUCAGCUUGCGGGAAUCGUGUGGACUCUGCUGGUCGCCCUGUCCCUGGUGGCCAGUCAGCCCUCUGCAAACAAGACGCCCGUGGUUUCCUACAGCACAUUCAGCCUGGUGAGUGAUGGUGCCGCCAACGACCAGCCGAGUGUCCGUGCGCUCAGCAGUCCGCCACCGCGUCCAGCUGGUGCAGCUGGCAUCCACCGCAUAAUCGUCAAGCUCAAGCACCCACACACCGAGGGCCUUGCCCGCGCCGAGACCAUCUCGAGGGCACUGCAGGCCUCCCUGUCAGCCGAGACCACCGUGCACACGGCUGAGACGACGGUCCACCACCUCAACAGCUUGUCCAUGGACGUGGUGGAUCUGCCGCUAGGUGUCGAUGCAGCGGCCACAUGCGAGGCUGCCCUCCUGGCGUCGGAUGAGAUCGACAUCUGCGAGCCGGAUGCCGUUGUUGCGACGGCCUCUGGCCGCAGGCUGCGUGCCCGGGCAGCACAGGAGCCCAACCGCUUCGUGCCCGACGACCCAAUCUUCAAGGAGCAGUGGGGGAUGGCCAGCAUCGAUAUGCCCGAGGCGUGGGCCUUCCUGUCUGAGCAGCAGCAGGAGACGGCCAGUGGGGCCGACUCAGUGGGCAAAGGUACGGUGGUCGGGGUGAUUGACACCGGUGUCGACUACACCCAUCCGGACCUCAAGGACGCCAUGUGGGUCAAUCAAGGCGAGAUCGCUGGCAACGGCAUCGAUGACGACGGUAGGGAUGCAGGGAGGGAGGGGGGGAGGGAGGGAGGAAGGGACAUCCACACACACGAUCUGCAUGCAUUCCUGGGUCUGUAUGUGUCUGUGUGCAGGUAACGGCUUUGUUGAUGACAUUCACGGCUGGGCCUGGUGCGACGGAUCCGAGAACCCGCACAUUGGCGACGGCGAUCCUAUGGAUGAGGGUGGCCAUGGAACUCACUGUGCAGGUACCAGAACUCGCCCUCUCUCUUCGCAUCAUCACCUUGAUCCUUCACCGACGACGUGAUCACUGUGCAGGUACCAUCGCAGCGACUGCCAACAACCAGGAGGGCAUCGCAGGCGUCGCAUUUGGCAGAACCAAGAUCAUAGCACUCAAAUUCCUCUGCGGCGAGGUAAGUCGAAUAACCAUAGGGUCGCGGGGCGCUCAAAUCACAUGUCUGUGUGCCCCUACAUCAGGAUGGUCGGGGUUCCCUUGCUGACGCGGUCCACGCAAUCAACUAUGCCGUUGCCAUGGGGGCCACGCUAACAAGCAACAGCUGGGGCUACCUUGGGUCUACUGCAUACAGGGCGCUCGAGGAGGCCAUCAGGGAGGCAGAGGAGGCCGACAUGCUGUUCAUCGCCGCGGCUGGCAACGACGACAACGACAAUGACGGCCCCAGGAAAGGCUACCCGGCAUCAUCUGAGCUGGACAGCAUCAUCAGCGUCGGCGCGGCGACUAGAAAUGGAGAGAAGGCGCCCUUCAGCAACUACGGCCUCGAGAGCGUUGACGUCUUUGCGCCGGGGACGAGAAUCUUCUCGACGAUGCCCGGUGGCAAGUAUGCGGCAAUGGGGGGCACCAGCAUGGCAACGCCAUUUGUCGCUGGUACGCAAGCACUGAGGACUGCUGUGUGAUACCCAUUAGACGAUCCAAUCGACUGUUGGUUUCUUUGUGACUUCAGGUUUGGCUGCCCUUCUGUGGUCGACGGAUCCGGCGCAGAGCUAUUGCGACAUCAAGCAUCGCAUUCUGUCGACUUCCGAGAAGAUGGACUCGCUCGAGGGCCUGUGCGUCACGGGGGGCCAGAUCAACGCACUGAAGGCCGUCACGUGUGCCGAUUGCAAAUGGACCCCCACGGAGGAGCCGACGGCGGCUCCGACGGAAGUUCCCACGCAGGAGCCUACGACGGAGGAGCCGAGUACCCCGUAAGGGCCCCCACGGCUGGUUCGCUGACGAGAAGCUGCACUGACGGCCGGGGGGAAGACUGCCUGCCUGCCUGCCUGCCUGCUGUCUGUAGCGGCGGAUAUGUAUGUGUGUGAAUGUCUGCGGCAUGUUGGUGUACUGGCUGCACUGUCUGUGCUGUGGUGUGGUGUGCUGUGCUCUAGCUUAGUAAGUGAGAGUCGUGUGUAGGUAGUUCUUCGUUCGUUCGUUCAUUCGCUGGUCGGCCGGCAGCGCCGCGCCACUCACUGCCACUCAAUGUCUCGCGCAGCCUAGUCGGCUGCAUCUGCCCUUCGUUGUGUGUGAAUGAAACAGCUCUCUCUCUCUGUGUCUCUCUCUCUGAAUAGCUCUCUUUGUGAAUACACUCGUACGUUAGUGCUGUGUUCAUGUUCGUGCUUUGCCAAGCCGUCGGUGCACCGAGUUCUGACGCGAUCCGACGUGAGCUGAGCGGCUUGUUGUCUGUGCAUAUAUGUGCAUGUGUGCUGCGAUCUGAUCAUUGGCUGUAUAAAUUUGUCGAUAGCAACUGACUGCACUGCACUGCACGCUGAUCUGUGCAUGUGUACACAUUACACAUGGGAGGGCGGGGUGGGGGAUGGGACGGAUAAGAGACCGACGAGAGACACAUGCGCACCACAUAUACAUACGUCAAGUGAAUGAUAUCAUAUGAUCUA